UCAUAAGGUUAAAAUUGGAGUUGGUUUUUCCACAAUUUACUAUAAUCCGCAUAAACCGUGGCUCAAUCAUACUGGAUAUAUUUCUCAGUAGUUUGGACACUGGAAUGACCGAGGAGUUGUUGGAUAGUUAA